CCUUUCCCGCCGUGCCGCGGCCGUGACGUCACUUCCGGGAGAGGAGCGAACAUGGCGCUGUUCGAGCAGAUGCGGGCGAACGUGGGGAAACUGCUGCGGGGCAUCGACCGGUACAACCCCGAGAACCUGGCCACGCUGGAGCGCUACGUGGAGACGCAGGCCAAGGAGAACGCCUACGACCUGGAGGCCAACCUGGCCGUGCUGAAGCUGUACCAGUUCAACCCCGCCUUCUUCCAGACCGGGGUGACGGCGCAGAUCCUGCUCAAGGCGCUCACCAACCUGCCCCACACCCCCUCUUUUCUCCCCAAAUUUCCCCUUGACCUCCCCAAAACGCAGCAAGAGGAGCGGCCCAUCCGGCAGAUCCUGUACCUGGGGGAGCUGCUGGAGACCUGCCACUUCCAGUCCUUCUGGGGAGGUGCAAGAGAGACUGGAAAGGCUUGGGGGGUCCUGGAAGGGUUUGGGGGGUCCUGGAAGGGUUUUGGGGGUCCCUGGGGGGUGUCCAGCCCCCCCAGACCCCGCCAUGCCCCCCCAGAGUCGCAGCUGAGGGUGUGGAUGAGCAAAUACGGGUGGACGGAGCCAGAGCCGGGGCGGAUCCUGAUCUCCAACCAGGAGGAGAACAUCAAACCCAAGAACAUAGUGGAGAAAAUCGACUUCGACAGUGUGUCCAGCAUCAUGGCAUCCUCUCUCUGAGCGCCCCCAGAAGCAAACCCUGAACACCGACCCUCCAAUUCCAGCCCCCCCAACCCCGACCCUGCCCAGUUUAACCAGUAAAGAGGCUCCAAUGCUG